GUCACUGCUGCUUUGGGUUUAGACUUUUUCUGCUGUUCCGCCUGCAAAAUGAGGCUCCUCGUUGUGAUUUGGUGUCUCCGCGGCAUAGUACAUGGUUCAAUUAAAGUAAAAACUGUGGAGACCCAAGAAGCGGCCGUAGGGGGCAAUGUGACCCUCCGGUGCCAACUGAUCACCAGCUACCCACACAUCUUCCAAAUCACAUGGCAGAAGGAAUCUGGCAAUUUCACCGGGCCGGUGGCCACCUACAGCAAGAAGUAUGGAGAGAAGCUCAUUGGCUAUUACUUCCAGCGGACGGAACAGUUUACUGUAGAUACUCUCAACGCCUCCGCCAUCACCAUUAACCCAGUCACUUUGGAGGAUCAAGGCUGCUUCACCUGCAUCUUCAACGUGUAUCCAUUCGGGGCUAACUCUGGGAAAACCUGCCUUGAUGUGUACGAAACAAACAUAUUGGACCCCAGCCUGGAAAUAGCUCAGAUCGCCUCUGGUAACACCUCGGAGAAGCAGCACAUUGUCACCUGCUCUGCCACUGGUCAACCCACCCCCGAAAUCACAUGGAAGCUUCCGGACCAUCUGGGAAUAACCCCUGAAACUUACACUAUCGUCAACUCAAACAGAACCGUCACCGUGAUAAGUAACUUUACCCAGAGCAGCUCUCGGACCCUAGAUGUGACUGAAGUGAUCUGCGUGGUGCGUCACCCGGCUCUGUGCCCUGAGAAACGUCUGUCUGCACUCAUAGAUGACACUCGAGAUAAAGGCUCAUCAGCGAGCACGGCUGAUUUAAGCAUCCCUAUCGCUAUAACGUGCACCCUCUGUGUUAUAAUCUUAGUGAUGAUCGGAAUAUUUAUCUGUCGAAGACUCAGGAAACCAAAAUUACCCGACUUUGAAAAAAAUGGAAACAUGUCAGAGAACCUGCAACAACCAAAUGCAACUACUCUAUUAAAGUGUCAUUGUGACAGUGACCUCUGUAAGGAAAGAACAUCCGGAUAAGCUAAAGGCGGACUUUCAGUCAAGUUUAUGUUUACAUAGAUGAGCAGCUAAUGAGACACUAUUGCACUUUACCACUUGGAACAUUCCGGGAUAUAAUAAUAAUAAUAUAAAAAAAUAGUGUAAUAUUGUGGAAUAUUGCACAGAUGUACGUGAAGCUCGGUUGAGGACUGAGAAGGACGGAGCGAUCGGUGGACACCAGGAAGGUACCAGAUGUAUAUAACACAACCUUCAACAUGCAUGAAGACUAUUCCAUAAUAUUUACCAUAGAAGUCAACUUUAAAAAAAUCCAUGAGAUAAAUUUACGACAUAGAGGAAGAAAUGGGGCGUCAGGGGUUAUAAAUAAUGUUACAAGUUCUGUUUUAGUUGAUAUCGUUAAAAAAUGUGGGCACAUUGGGCGUAACUGCAUAGCUCAGACAGAAGACGCAAGGUGCCUAUGCAUGGUGCUGCACGUGCAGUUUGCAAAAUAAGCGGCAGAUGGCGUCUGCUUUAGGACUAGCGUGUGCGAUUCAGGACCCAUAGUAUAUUUAACUAUUACAUCUUUUUAUAAUGUUAUAAUGUUUGUUGUGUUUGUUUUAAUUGAUCCCCUUAUUCACCCACCUCAAUUCAUCCCCGUUUUCAUUUACCUGGCUUCUGACAGUGGGCCCGAUUCAGACCUGACCGCUGAUGUGCAUUUUUGCACAGCGGGCAAUUAUCGAACUACUGCGCAUGCGUGUGCACCGCAAUGCGCAUGCGUGUCACCGAACAGCGACAGGAUGGUGCGAAAAUUUCGGUUGCACGGCCGUUGAUAGAAGAGGCCGUUUGUGGGUGGUAACUGGCCGUUUUCUGGGAGUGUCAAGUAACCUCAGCUCCCCUCUGACACUCUGGUUUUAUCUAACAUCAACAAUGGGGCUGGAUACGCUGGAGUUGGGGAGGGGCAAAAAAAACACAAAACCAUGUAAUCAAUAAAUUGCAAUGUGGUCUGUGCAAUGUGAUUGUACAAUGAAAGUGUAGAUCUACGUAACUAUUUAUUUCAGUAUUAAUGGACAAAACUUCUGCUCCCAGGAUGCAAUAUUUCUCCUCUGCUCCCAGGAUGCAAUACUUCGCCUCUGCUCACAGGAUGCAAUUUCUCUUCUGCUCCCAGGAUGCAAUAUUUCUCCUCUGCUCCCAGGAUGCAAUAUUUCCUAAUUUCAUGUCAGGCGCAUAACCCCGGGAAGUCAGUCAUUUCUUUAAUUUUUCAAAUCUGGUUGCUAUGAGCAACAGCUCCACAUUUCCUUAUAGAAAUUUUGAUAAAUCUACCACUUAGGCCCUGAUUCAGAAAUGGACGCAAUGUCGAUUUUUGUACAUAGCGGAGUGACGAUUUUUCUACUGUCCAUGUGUAUGAGUCACGCGGCGUGUCUGCCGCGAUGCUGGCGGUCUUAAUGAGGAUUAUUUUUGUAAAGUGAUUGACAGUCAGAGACCAUUUGUGGAGGUAACAGGGGAGUAGUGACUCAAGCACUCGCAGCUGUGAAGCCAUUUGCGUACAUCUCUAAUCAGCCCCUUAGGUGGCUAUUUUCUAAGCAUUGGAGAGAUAUAAAGUGGAGAGAGAUAAAAUACCAGCCAAUAAGCUUCUGUCAUUUCUCACACACAGCCUGUAACAUGGCAUUUAGGAUCUGAUUGGCUGGUAUUUUACCUCUCUCCACUUUAUCACACCCAGUGCUCAGAGCCGGAUUAAGAGGGAUAAGUACCCCAGGCCCCCUUUUUCAAAAAGGGCCCCCGCCGCCGCUGCAGAUCAGAUCUCUGGUCCGAACUGCGGUGCAGCGCUCCCAGCGCAGCCGCUCCACACGCAGGGCAGCAGCUGAGAUAUGUCCCCCGGCGGCUCGCGGCUCACCAAAGCAUUAAAAUGCUGGUGCCGCACACAGGGAGGGGAGUGUAAACAGGAAGGACAGCUGAGCGACUGCUCAGCUGUCCAAUAAUCUGUGGAGCAGCAGCCUGCGGCUCAGUCAUUGGCUGGGCGUGCAGGCUGCCGGAAUCAAGGAGGACGGUGUGUGGACUGUGGAGCCAGCCUGUGCCCAGCCAGCAUCCCUAUUGUACAGUAGAGCCUACCAGCAGCAGAGGGGAAAAAAACUGUAAGGCUAGCUGUAUUAAGUUCUAGGUUAUCUCAUUUAUAUA